AUGGGCCCAGGUUGUUCCUCAAUUGGUUAUGGAGAAGCAGAGGAACUAGGACCCUUCUUUCCUCAGGAUAGUAGCCAUCCAAAGCUAAAGUUGAACCCUUAUUCUUGGAACAAUGCUGCCAAUCUUUUGUUUUUGGAAAGCCCGGUUGGAGUGGGAUUCUCCUACACCAACACCAGCGCUGAUAUAAAUCAGCUUGGUGACUCCAUUACUGCUAAAGAUUCACACACCUUUAUCAUCAAUUGGUUUAGGAGAUUCCCACAAUUCAGAUCACACAAGUUCUACAUUGCCGGUGAAAGCUAUGCAGGGCACUAUGUUCCACAACUUUCUGAGCUUAUUUUCGAUAAUAAUCUCAAUCCUGCUGAUAAAGACCACAUUAACUUCAAAGGGUUCCUGAUUGGAAAUGCAUUAUUGGACGACGAAACAGAUCAAAAGGGUAUGAUAGAUUAUGCAUGGGAUCAUGCAGUGAUAUCAGAUGGACUAUACCAUAACAUCACAGCCAUAUGCAACUUCAAUCGUCCAAUUCAAAAUCAAACAAAUGAAUGCAACAGGGAACUGAAUAAGUACUUCGAUGUGUAUAAGAUUAUUGACAUGUAUAGCUUGUACACUCCCAGGUGUUUCAGUAACUUCAGCAGCACCACAAAGGAAGCCUCUCAAACUUCUUCCAGAAUUAAUGGGUGGCAAAGAAAAAGAGCUGGAUAUGAUCCCUGUGCAUCCGAUUACACAGAAGUUUACCUAAACAGGCCAGAAGUUCAAAAGGCACUGCAUGCCAAUGUCACCAAUAUUCCCUAUCCAUGGACACACUGCAGUGAUAAUAUCACAUUUUGGAAUGACUCACCACAAUCCAUGCUUCCAACCCUCAAGAAGCUUAUUGCUGGUGGAAUUCGCAUUUGGGUUUACAGUGGAGAUACCGAUGGAAGAAUUCCUGUAACUGCAACACGAUACACUCUAAGAAAGCUGGGGCUUGGGAUUCUGGAAGAUUGGAGUCCCUGGUAUACUAGUCGCCAGGUGGGAGGAUGGAGCAUUGUGUAUGAUGGGCUUACUUAUGUGACCAUAAGAGGUGCUGGUCAUCAAGUUCCAACUUUCACUCCCAAGCAAGCUCUGCAAUUGCUUCGACACUUCAUAGAAAAUAAGAAAUUACCAUCUCAACCAAUUUAA